AUGAGUGACAAUGGGGGAGUAAUUAAAAGAGAAGAAAUACAGAAGAUUCAAACUAAUAUUAGGAACAACUCUAUUGCCCUGAAACCAGAAAAUUUGGAAGAAGAUUUCGUCGUAUCAUCAUAUAAACCCGAGAUACUGCCAACAAAUGUGCUUUUACCAAAGACAACCACCGAUAUAGUGACCAGCAACGUACUUAGUAAUGACAUAACUUUGCCUAUAUCCAAAAAAAUUGAAGAAAUAGAUGACAACAUUAACAGUACCGACAACAAUGACAAUUUGAUUCAUGCAAUAUAUGAGGACAAAGAUAAAUAUAAUGCUAAUAGAAAAACUAAGGAACUAAAUCUAAAUAAUGCUGAGAUUAAUCUUAUAAAAGAACCAGUUGGUGCACACUCAGAUAAGAGCAACUAUUUGCAUGAGAACAUGAGAGUGGUAGCCACCGAUCAAUCAUCCAAUAACAUUGAUACUGAUUUGACAUUAAAUGUUAAUCUGCAAGAUCAAAACUUCAGCGCAAUUAAUAGAGCCGGUAAAUUGGAUGAUGAUACUUCCCUGACUAUUAAUAAUAUCAACUCAAAUUCUAACUCGAAGCAAAGCUUUUUACAUCAAGAAUAUAAACCAUCGAAGUCAUUAACCUUCACUUUAAAUAAUGAAGCAAACAUGAAAAGAUCUAGUAUAUAUGAGUCUAAAUCAAAAGUUAAAGCGAUACCCAUACGAAAUUCAAAUACAAAUAAAUUCAUGGAAAACUUAAAUGAUGAUAAUAUGUCAGUAAAUAGUACAGAUUCUUCAUUAAAUGCAUCGUUGUCAAAAAGUUUCCUUUUUGGAUUUUAUAAUACAUAUAAAAGAGAUCCAAAGAAGACACAAGAGAGAAUAUUAUUAAAGGAAUAUUGGAUGAAAGAUGAAAAUGCCAGAGAAUGUUUUAUAUGUGGUAAAUCAUUCAAUACUUUUAGGAGGAAACACCAUUGUAGAAUGUGUGGUCAGAUAUUUUGCAGAAACUGUAUAGCACCUGUACAAGGUGAAAAAAUUGGUUAUGAUGGUAACAUUAAAGUAUGUUUAAGUUGUAACAGACAUAUUGAUGCAUAUGAAGACUCUAGCGAAGGUGAACAAGAAGAAGACACAACUGAUUUGAAUAUGGAUGGGAUGGCAUCAAGUUAUGAAAAUACCCCUGAAGCUUCUUAUGAUGUGAUAAAAAAUGGAAAUGAUCCAACAGCAUAUAAUGCUGAUCAUGACGACAUUCAAAGUAUUUUAACUAAUGGAGAAGAUUCUAAAUUGUUUUUAUCGACUCCUACUCCGCCUCCAAAAAUGACUAUUCCUGCUACAAGGCAAGGUGAGUCGUUAGAAAUAUUUUCGGAUACAGGUUAUCCUAACAGUUACAAUAAGCAUUCAAACAAUAUGAACGAUAAUCGAUUGUCAUAUAAUAAUGGGGUUAGUAGCCAGAAAGAUAGGUACACCAUUAGAGAUGUUGAUAUUUUACCAGAUCAGUAUGACAAACUUUCGUCUCAUCUGAAUAAAAUCAAAAGAAAAAACACUACGAGUUCCUUAAAAAGUUCUUUCCUGAACUAUGUUAGCGGAGGGAAGUCUCCUCAAGAUAAAAUAUCAUAUCAAAGCAGUAAGGCUUCUGAUAUAUUCAAACAGGCAGGAAAAAAGCAAUACCAAUUUGAAUUUAAUUACGGGCUUGAUCCUGAAGUUAACAAAUUGAAUGCAUCCAGAAAUAGUUUACAUGAGAAGAGUUCUAUGAAAUCAAGCCAAAAUAGAAAUUUUGAUAUUUCAAAAAGUGGAUCAUCUUCAGAAGACGAAGGAUCCAUGUCUAUCUAUUCAACUUUAAUAGAUCCAAAACAUACACAUAAUCCUAUUAGAUCCGUCAGAAGCUCUACAAAGUCAUCACAGAGAGCUGCUGCUUCUUUGAGAAGAAUACAAUUUAGAAGAAAAAGCAAAACAAAACGUUCAACUUCAACUAGUGUAAAUUCAGCAUAUAAAGGUCUGAAUCUGAUCGCUCACAGUACACCCAACUUAAUUUCAGUAAUUGACGAUGAUGAGUGUGCUUAUGCUAAUGGGGAGUACAAUAUGCUUUCUUCUAGCGGUGUUUCAAAUGCAAAUAAUUUCCAAAUGAAAUCAAAAAAUUCAACGAAUUCAUAUGCAAUGAGGCGUUCAGUCUCAAGUUUUAAUGAUAGAAAAUUAAAGAGAAAUAAAGUUGAACUAAAUGAAGUAUCGAAUCUUCAUUUAGAAGCUUUAUUAAAACAAGUUAUGCUGGACCAAGAAUUGACAAAAGAUACCAAAUGGUCAAACAUUAUGGAAAUUUUCUUAAAACAAUUGCAAGUGGUUGAAAUAAAUGGAAAAGAGGCAAACUCAUUAGAUUAUCGACAAAAUUAUAUAAAAAUCAAAAGAAUUCCUGGUGAUAUAGUAGAAAGUUCAGAGUAUAUCAAUGGUAUAGUGUUUGGCAAAUCUCUAUCAUCAAAGCGAAUGCCAAGAUAUUUUUCUAAUCCUAGAAUACUUUUAAUAAUGUUUCCACUUGAGUAUACAAAGAAUGAGAAUCACUUUCUAAGCUUGGAAACAGUGUUAGCUCAGGAACGUGAAUAUCUUAAUAAACUGAUAUCUAGAAUAUCAUCUUUUAAUGCAGAUAUAAUCUUUGUCGGUGCCAACGCCAGUGGAUAUGCUCUUGAUCUUUUAGAUAAAUCUGGUGUAAUUGUUCAAUAUAACCUAAAACCACAAGUUAUAGAAAGAAUAGCUAAAUUAACAGAGGCGGAUAUUGCUGUGUCUAUAGAUAAACUGUCAACAAAUAUAAAAAUGGGAGAAUGUGAAUCUUUUGAAGUUAAAACUUUCAUUUAUGGAAACAUAAGUAAGUCAUAUACGUUUUUACGUGGUUGUAAUCCAGCUUUGGGUGGUACAAUUUUACUGAGGGGUGGUGAUGAAGAAAUAUUAAGCAAAUUGAAGCAGGUGACUGAGUUUAUGGUUUAUAUAUAUUUUGCAUUAAAAUUAGAGAAUUGUCUUUUUAAAGAUAAUUUCAUUCAACCAUCUUUGGAAUUUUAUAAUACUACAAGAAAACAAAAUUUGGAAAAUGAUGAGAAGGGCUAUUUUUCUGAGUUUCUAAAUGAGUACAAUAGAAGAAUACUUAGUGUUUCUCCUACUGUAAAAUUCCCUUUGCCUUUUCUGUUAAGACGUGGGAGAGAAUUGGAAAAAGCUCUAACUUGUAAAAAACAAGAAUUAUUAAAAUUAUCCGGAGAAAUGAACGUAGAUGAUAUAAAGGGUAUUUUACCUAGUGAUAUUGAAUCGAAAUUAACUAACUCAGAUUUACGUUAUUUGUCCAAAUUCGUUCAUGAGAAAGAAAUAGAAAAUUUAGAGCUGGAAUUUCAAAGGAGAAGUCGUCAAUGGGAAUUAUCAUAUUCCCAAUCUCACAAUAUUAUGAGCACUGGUACACAUCAAUCCAUCACAGUUCUCUACUCGAUGGUCUCUACGAAAUUAUCAACUCCUUGCAUAGGCCCUCAAAUUUUGAAUAUAGACUAUUUCUGGGAUAAUGAUAUAUCGCUUGGUCAAUAUAUAGAAAAUAUUGUUGCUACUUCAUCAUAUCAUUGUCAACAAGGUUGUAAUGGUUUACUUCUUGAUCAUUACAGGAGUUAUGUGCAUGGUUCAGGGAAGGUUGACGUUUUAAUUGAAAAGCUUCAAUCCAAGUUACCAAGGCUAAAUGAUAUAAUACUGACUUGGAGUUAUUGUAAAAAGUGUGGUACUUCGACUCCUAUUAUCCAGAUGGCUCAACAUACUUGGAGUUAUUCAUUUGGUAAAUUUUUAGAAGUUAUGUUCUGGAGUGACAAAGAAGCUGUCAAACAAGUUAGCAAAUGUCCUCAUGAUUUUACAAAAGAUCAUGUGAAAUAUUAUGGAUACAAUGAUCUAGUAGUAAGAAUGGAAUAUUCAGAUUUAGAAGUUUUUGAACUUGUCACGCCUCCAAGAAAAAUAAUAUGGAAAUCUGAUAAAGAUAUUAAAUUAAAAAUUGAACUAUUUUAUAAUAUCUUAGAUAAGAUCAACUUAUUUUAUGGAAGCAUUAGAAAUAGAUUAUUAAAUAUCAAAUUGGAUAUUAUACCCAAGGAAUUAUAUGUGAGAGCUGCUUCCAUUUUAAAAGAUUUCCAAAAAUUAGUUGAUACAGAAGAAGCCUAUAUUCUUGAUUUAAUUGAAAAUUUAUACAAAAAUGUUCCUGGCGACGUCCACUUACCUUUAAAUCAAGCAAUUCAGAUUCUUUCAGAAAAAUCAGAGAAUUGGCAACUGUUAUUUGAUAAUUUUGCAGUGGAAUAUAUGCCAUCUGAAAAUGAUAUUUCUCAGAUCACUACGAAUCAAUUGAAGAAAUUUUUUAGUCCAAAUUAUGAGGAAUUACCAGAUAACCUAAAUGAAAAAGCUAAUGAACAUGAGGUGAUUAACGAUAAUGCAAGCUUAGAGAAUAGCCUUAAAUCUAUAACAGAUAGUCAUCACUCUAAAAAUCAUAAUACAGUUCCAGAAAGUGAAAUUAAAGAUGACAACAGACCUAAUGUUGCACAAGAACCCGAUCUUGUAAAUCCAAGAUAUGAUAACGAAAUAAUAGGUAUAGAAGGUCGCAAUUUCAACAAUAAUUUUACUAAAAAUACCUUAGGAACUAAAGCAGGUGCUUCUGUAAAUAUUUCUAUGCCUAAUUUAUUUGAUAAAGUUAGUUUAUCAAGAAAAUCAUUUAGUGAUGUAGAAAAACCAGAUUUAAGAAGGUUAAGCUUAAUGACAAAUGAAGAUAUUACAAAGUAUUAUGAACAAAAUCGUCAUGUAAAUACUAAAGUUGGGAAAUUAGCCAAUUUUUUUGAUAAAAUGCAUAUUGACUCGCUAUCAAAAGAAUUCGAGUUACAAAGAGAACUGGAAAGGUUAUCGAUCAAUAAAGCGAAGUAUCAGUCAUAUAGACUAACAAACCAUACUCCUAUAGUAGACAUCUACAAAGAUGUCAAAGAUGCCGUCGAAGAACCUCUUCAUGAUAAACCGUUAUCUAUGAAUGACAAUGCCACUAGUAAGACUAUUUUCAAUAAUACAUAUCAAAAUAAUUUAAAUACAAAUUUGGAGCAUGAAUUAGAAAAUUCUAUUCAUAUAUGGGGUGAAAAAAUGAGAAAAAUGAAUGAUAACACCGAUAACCAAGAUGACAAUAAACAUAGUAAGCGAGAGUGCGAACCUAAUGAUAAAAAUCAUGCUAAUGAAAACGCUGUUAAUGACAGAAAUUCAGAAGAUUUGUCCUCUGAAAAAAGAAAUGAUAAUGAGUCUACUAUUCAAGAGAAGUUACAUACAUUGGACAAAAGUUUGCAAGAAGUUUUUGACACUAAGGUUACUGAUAAUCCGAAUGCUCAAGGUUCGACAUUAAGAGAAAGAUCAUCUCUGUUGAAAGCAUUAUCUAACUUUUGGGCAGAUCAUUCAGCAUCAUCUUGGAAGCCAUUUCAGUAUCCAACGACUCCAACCGAACACGUUUUUUCUGAUAGCAAUGUCAUAAUUCGAGAAGAUGAACCUAGCUCUUUGAUUGCUUUUUGCUUAAGCAUUGAAGAUUAUAAACAAAAAAUGUUGCACUUACAGAAAUCAGAAGCAGAAAGACAUGAUACAGUAACCCAAGCAGAUAUUGACCAUGCCGACACUACUAGCAACAAUGAAACUCUAAUGAAGGGUGGAAAUACAGAGUCUACUUCUAUGGAGCCUCAUGAGUUUAACCAACAUGAUUCUAUAGAAAAUAUGUCGCAUAUGAAUAUUAAUGACUCAGGGGAAGCAUUACUGGAAAAUAAUGAGGCAUUGGAAAAUAUUAUGUUAAAAAAGAAAGCCGUGCAUCUAAGAUACCAGUUUCAAGAUCAAGACUCAGUGAUGUCUUGUAAAAUUUUUUUUGCUGAGCAUUUUGAAGCCUUUCGAGAGACUUGUUGUGACCGUGACAAAUUUAUUCAAAGUUUAUCAAGAUGUAUCAAAUGGAAUUCGAAUGGAGGUAAAAGUGGAAGUGGAUUUUUAAAGACUUUAGAUGACAGAUUUGUUAUAAAAGAAUUAUCCCAUAGUGAAUUAGAUGCAUUCAUUAAGUUUGCACCAAAUUACUUUGAAUAUAUGUCACAGGCUAUGUUUCAUGAUUUGCCAACCUCCUUAGCAAAAAUAUUUGGAUUUUUCCAAAUCCAAGUUAAGAAUUCAUCUACUUCUAAAAAUUACAAAAUGGAUUUAAUUAUUAUGGAAAAUCUAUUUUAUGAAAGAAAAUCAACGAGAAUCUUUGAUUUAAAGGGAUCUAUGAGAAAUAGACAUGUCGAACAAACAGGCAAAGAAAACGAAGUCCUGUUAGAUGAAAAUAUGAUAGAGUACAUUUACGAAUCCCCAAUACACGUUGGUGAAUACGAUAAAAAAUUAUUAAGAGCCUCUCUUUGGAAUGAUACCUUAUUCUUAGCGAAAAUGAACGUGAUGGAUUAUUCUUUAGUAAUUGGCAUCGAUAAUGAAACACAUACAAUUACAGCGGGUAUUAUAGAUUUCAUAAGGACAUUUACUUGGGAUAAGAAAUUAGAAAGCUGGGUUAAAGAGAAAGGGUUUGUCGGUGGAGGAGCUAGUAGUACAAAGAUGCCAACUGUAGUGACACCUCGCCAGUAUAAAAAUAGAUUUAGAGAAGCAAUGGAAUGUUAUAUACUUAUGGUUCCGGAUCCUUGGUUUCAAGAUUCUAUUUAA